UUCCGAGGGGUAGGGGGUGCUCGUUCACCAAGGUGGGGUUGGUUGAUCGACCGUACCCUCCGCCAGUUUUCUAGUCGUCCUGACGAGCUCGAACGUUCAUUCUACCUCGAUCAGCCGAACUCGCCAGUUCUCUACCAUCCUCCAGAGAGAACGUCGCCACGAGAGAACGUAUCCGAGAAAGAAGACUUACCAGAAGUCUGACCUGUAGAGAACAGUCAAGACUAAGAAAGAUGAUGUACGAUUGGGUGUGGUUACUGGCUCUAUGCUCUCUCAUCGUGAUAACCCAAUCCUUGCCGACGAAUCUGGCGGAAGACGGAAAAAAGACUGAUCAAACGAUGAGACCAAAACCUAAACGAGCACAGGAGAUGUUAAUGUUUGGUAAUCAACAAAAUCGUCAAGCAGAAAGCAACACAGGUGGAUCCUCUUACUCGUCUACCGCAGAAAAGAGAACUCUAUCCUCGUCAGGAUUGGGUGGGCUGAAAGCAGCUCUAGUCGAGGAAGAGAAGUCUUCUCGUUCCAACACACCGAACAAUGCCAUGUACGAUCGUGAUUCCUUUUCUCCCUACGAAAAGAACUACGAUUACAGUAAGGUCCUUGUUAACGAGCUAGGCGACGAGAUGCCUCAAGUAUGGGAUGUUCCUGCGUACUCUCGUUACUACAUGAACGAGGAUCGUCGAAAGAGAUCCGAGAAGUCUGCAACAAGCGGAUCAACCACCACGAAACCGUCUACCUCGUCGUUCCAAUCCUCGACAUCCACUCAGCAGUCCGCGUCACAGACACAGGCGAAGAGAAGCGUUCCAAUUUAUCAAGAACCACGAUUCAAGAGGGAAUUGGAUAUCGAUCCGGAGGAUGUGUUAACUCUGUUGUCCCUUUGGGAAAACGAGCGUCGCAAACGAAAUUGGCACAAGUACAUGAACGAAGAGUACGAUAACGUAGACGACGAAGACAAUCUUCUUGACGAAGAAGAUCCUAGAAAUGUUAUCCCAUGGAUGGAUUCAUCGGUGUACCCUCCUCGUCAUUAUAGUCUGGACUCUUUAUCACCGUCAGACAUAGGAAUUAUACGUACUCAUCCAUCUAGCUAUUAUGAACAAUACGAGAACCAGUAUGGUCAACAAUACGAUGGUACUCCUCAAUAUGGCCUUGUUUAUCCUCAACAAAGUUACUACAAUGUCCCUGAGAAGAGGUUCAUGGUUUCCAGAAAACGCUCACAGGCAUACGAUCCUUACUCCAAUUCUGCUCAGUAUCAGAUAAGCACUCAAUCGCGAGGAUACCCAUACCAACACCGCUUAGUCUAUUAAAAUGGCCCGUUGUUGCUCGAUAAAAAUACGUAACGACAAAUUACAUUAUCGAGAACGUGAUCAAGAAAAGCGAGAGAUAUAAAGAAUUUAGUAAGAAAAAGAGGGUAACGAACUGACGUUUUCGGACUCACGUAUACGCAAGACAAGAAACUAAUAAAUAACACAGAAAUUUCGAGAUUCUCUGACUGAACGCCUCUCUCUCUGACGCCCCCGUUCUUUUAGCUACUCUGUCUUCGUUCUGAACACAAUAAUACGUGCUCGAAAGACGAACAAGAGAGGACUUUACUUUAAGAAACACGGUGCUCAGAAAGACUAUACACGAUCUACAAGAGCCUGCUGAAUAGACAAUAGCCAUUAUGGUAGAAGUUUCAAUUGUUUGGCUAACAAUGUGCGUUGCGUAAGGACUUGUGUUAAUUUCAUUUUGAAUCUAUCUGAUACAUCUAAUUCCAGCAUGCUCUUGUAUUAUUUCAUUAACACGUUGACUGCCAUAGGACAGUUAAUUAAUUCUUUAAUCAACUUGAAUGACUAAUUUUUAAUUAUUUGACUAACUCGAAUUUGUAACAUCUCGAACCUCGUCGUAGUUAGCGUGUUAAAUGAUAAAGUUAUAAAUUCAAGCUCUCCUUGCUUGCAGCACGGGCAGGAAGAGCACCGAUCAAUCGUGCGACGACUGAAAUCGUUAAAACAAUCUUAGCGUACUCGAAUUAAACUAUCCUCGUGCUUGUCUGACUGAUAUUAAAAAUGAAUAGUUACUUUUUCAUGGAUUAGGUUCGAAGGUAGACGCAUAGUACUCGAUCCGACUAGACAACCGUAGUAUUGGCGAUGGGAAUAAAUGGUCGACCUAAAAUAAAAAAGGAGGACAAGAUUUCAUUUCGGGACGAUAGGGAACGAUAGAAUAGAUAAAAAUGAAAGACGAGGCUGAAAUGUAAUUUUAUAUAACUUACCAUUCGUUUCGCUUAUAUGUAUAUCGUUACAUAUGCAUUGUCGUCAAUUUCAUACGACUCGUGUGUAUGCAUUUCAUCCCCUUUAAAACUUAGUUUGCAAGAGGGAUAGAGAGAGAUACUGUACACAAAACGAAAUCGAAGAUACAAGAACAUAUAGUGUAUAUAUUGAGUACUGAAAAUACCAGUUUGAAUCCAAUGAUAAAUGGUCGGUAUCGUGAGCUACAACAUAUCUUCUAUUGGAUUCACACUUUAUAUUCGACGUGCUGACACAUCGAUACCCUCCUAUCCUUACUUUAAACAUAAUUGUCAAUUAAUUUUCUAGCCGUGUACAGACUUAUACUAUUCAUCGAUCGCCGCAAGAAUAAUCCUCGAUGGUUUACUUCUUACAGCGGCAUAUCGGCUAUCAAUUAAAAUUUUCCGACUCGAUGGUAUUAAUUAACGUGCUGUGUCUUGAAUAACGAUGAUCGUGUCUGUAAAACAUGGCAUCUAUAUUAGUACAAAGUAAUUGGUAAUGUAUUACUCGUUUGAAAAUGAUAGUACUUAAAAACUAAUAAGAGGAUUCAUCGAGUUCGUGAAAUUUUAAUUCUUCUCUUGCUGCGAGUGUAAAGUGUGAAGUAUCUUUUUAACGAUAAUAAUCCAUCGUCUUACCAUUGUCACUGAAAACAAAAGGAAAGAUAAAGCGGGGAAAAAAAAGAAAUAAGUAAAUGUGAAACUACAAACUUACCACCGAAUAACAUGUAAUGUUCUUCUCGAUUGAACCAAACACGGCCUUCCAUAGAGCAAACGUUCCGAGGAGACUGAAUAAUUUUUCCUUUUUUUUUUUCUUCGUUCGUCUGUCUGUAUGCUUGAAACGCGUACAUAUGAUUAUUUUUCACGGUAGAAACAGCAACAAGAAAAAUAGAAAAUGAUAGAAAGAGAGAAAAAGAGAGAGAAAAAUCAGAGAACGACUGACCGAUCGAUCCGUGAACGAUCGGCGAUAGAAAUCUUUUUUGUCACUUGAUGCUCUAUAUUUUUGACGAUCGUUUAGUAUGUAAUUAGUAUUUACUUAGAUUAAGUAUCGUUGCGACGGAAUGAUUCAGUAUUUAUUACUUAUUAAUAUUGUAAUUAGCGUUAUAGAUGAUGAGAAGUAUUGAUUAUUAUGUACAAUUAAAGGGACAUCAAUCAA